AUGGGAAUUGGGUAUAUUAGAACUCUACAAUCGACAAUUACAUUAGUGCCAAGUCAGAAUCGGAAUUGGAAUCGAAGUCGGAGCCAGAGUCGGUGUCAUGGCCUGCGGCAUGUCCUGCUUGCCACUCAAGCACCGUGCAACGUGUUUUCCAUGCAGUUCAGUGGCCAGCUGUUGGCAUACGGCUGCCUCAGCCUUGCAGCGGGACUACACUUCAGCUUGCCAAGUCUCGAUCCGAGCAUGGAGCGUCUGGCGAAUGCCACAGUUCAUGUGGCAACUCGAUACAUUGCCACACGCAUCAACACACUCGUCAUUCGCCGCGAUUGCCGGGAUUGCAACGAUGCCCAGCUUCAGCAGCAGCGACAGUUCGUUGGUCAGAUGUUGCAACAGUUGGCGCCGCAACUGACGCUGCUUCUCUACAGUGGCGCCCCACACGAGUCCGUCAGGGACUACACGCUCUUUGUGGUGCACGAGGCACAUGCUCUCGACCAUAUGUACCUGAACUAUACGAACACGCUGAAUGAGCGGGAAUUCUACUUUUUGGUAGUGUUGUUGUCCCGUCAGCCGGAACCAGAGUUACGGCGCUCGGUGAGUAGAGUCUGCUAUGUGGCUCUGCUGAAUCGUGUUAUCAAUGUGGUGGUGUUGGCUCAGAGAUACGAUGGAGAGAUUGCCCUGUAUGCCUAUCGGCUCUUCAACAAGGACUGCACUCCGGGCAUCAAUGCGUAUCGAAGUAAUCGGUUUCUUUCCAAUGGAAAUCUUUUUCACGACGAGCUUUUUCCGCUGCGGUUCAACAAUCUCAAUAACUGUGCCAUCAAUGUGACCGGUCACCAGUUGCCGCCGCAUUUCAUGUAUCAGCCGGCAGAUGGCGCCCCAUUGCCCGAAGAUGGCGCGUUUAUCGAUGUCCAGGCACUGCGUGGUAUCGAUGGAGAGCUUCUGCGGCUUUUGGCGACGGCCUUGAGAUUUCGGGUGCGCCUCAUGAUUCCCGAGGAGAAGAGCGAGAUAUUUAGCGACGAUACCAUGAACGGCUGCUUUGCCCAGCUUGCCACCGGUAAGGCGGACCUUGCAAUUGGAGGUUUCAGUGGCUCGGAUCCGCGUCGGGUGCAAUUCACCACAUCGGUGGUUUACCACCAGAGUUACUUCAUAUUUGUGGUGCGCAAAGAGCGUUACUUUGGACCCUUUGGCCAGUUGAUGCGUCCAUUUCGAGGCAAGGUGUGGUUCUGCCUUUUGUUGAGCUUCCUGGUCGCUUUGAUCUGUGCCCGUUGUCUGGGGCAACGCAUGAGAUUGAAGCAUCCGCUGGAGAAUCUCUUGGCGUCGACGAUUGGCAAUGCGGUGCCAGUGCAUCGCUUGCCCCACAGCGGAUUCCUGCGUCACAUGAUGGCCAAUUGGUUGCUGCUCACGCUGGUGCUGCGUUGCGCCUACCAAGCGAAGCUCUUCGAUGUGUUGAGGACAAAUCCUCAGAAGGGUUUGCCCCAUGGACUGAACGGAUUGUUGCUGCAGAAUUAUACACUGAUCAGUACAGGGUAUCAUGAUUUCUAUCCGCCUCAGUUGACACGCGUUAUCAACGGCAAUUUCUCGCAACGCUAUGAGAUCGUACAGGAGGCGCCACCAGGUGCCAAACUUGCCACAAUUUCGCUGCUCAACAACUUGGCGCAUUGGAAUGUGCGACAUCGGAACAGAAGUCGCUUAACUUAUGUCCGGGAACCAAUUUAUCUAUAUCAGCUCGUCAUCUAUUUUCCCCACAAUUCUAUCUUCAAGUUCACCUUUGAUAGGAAGAUCGCCCAGUUGCUCAGUUCCGGCGUGUUGAGUCACAUUGAGCGGCGGUACCUCCAAGUGGCAUAUGCCGAUCUAGGCGACAAUCUUCAGUUGGUGCCACGCAUUACGAAUCGUAUGCUAAAAGGCGUAUAUCGCUGUCUCGCUUUUCUCAUGGGCGUGUCAACUUGUCUCUUUCUACUCGAACGUUUGACUUUGCGUUGCCACAUUUUGCGGCGCCUCCUCAACUGGCUGCAGUGA